AUGUCUGACCUAAUAAAAUAUGAGAAGGUCGGAAAUAUUGGAGAGGGAGCUUUUGGAAAAGCAAUACUGGUUUUAUCAAAAUCAGAGAAUAUACACAGAGUUAUGAAGGAAAUUAAUAUAAGCAAAAUGAGUCUCAAGGAAAGAGAGGAAGCUCGGAAAGAGGUUUCUGUCCUCUCGAAAAUGAAUCAUCCAAAUAUUGUUCAAUAUUGUGAUUCAUUUGAAGAAUCAGGCUGGUUAUAUAUUAUUAUGGAGUAUUGUGACCAGGGUGAUCUUUAUACAAAAAUUAAUAAACAGAAUGGUGUUUUAAUGCCAGAAACACUGAUAUUAGACUAUUUUGUUCAGAUUUCAUUAGCAUUAAAGCAUAUUCACGAUCGAAUGAUUCUACACAGAGAUAUAAAAACACAGAAUGUAUUCCUUACUUCAAAAGGUCGUUUAAAAUUGGGUGAUUUUGGCAUUGCUAAAGUAUUAAAUCACACUUUGGAUUUGGCGCGUACUUGUAUCGGCACACCGUAUUAUUUAUCACCCGAAAUUUGUGAAAAUAAACCAUAUGAUCAUAAAAGUGAUAUCUGGGCGCUUGGUUGUGUACUCUACGAGAUGACAACAUUGAAACAUGCAUUUGAAGCCGGUAAUAUGAAAAAUUUGGUGUUGAAAAUUAUACGUGGGACUUAUCCACCCGUUUCAUCGAAAUACAGUUAUGAAAUGAGGAGUUUAAUUUCACAGUUAUUUCGUCGAAAUCCAAGGGAUAGGCCAAGUAUUAAUGCUAUCCUAAGAAAACCAUUCUUGUCAAAACGAAUCUAUCGAUAUUUAACAGAAACGGAAAUGGCUGAAGAAUUUAGUCAUACAGUACUUCAUCGACAUUCUAAACGAAAAAGUGAUAAAAUAUCUAAUAAUAUAAAUUUAAUAAAUAAUAAACGUUCAAUUGGUAUUUUCAACUUGAAACAUCAUCAACAACAACACCAACAACCUUUAGUGAUUAAAAAAUCCAAGUUAAACGAGGCAAACAACAAUAAUAAAAUGGUUAAAAAAUCCGAAAACAUUAGUAGCAAUAAUAAUAAUAUUAAUUCACAUGUAACAAACUCAGAAUCUGAAGCCAAACGUCGAGAGUCACUCAUUGAUGCCAAUCGUAAAAGACAAAGGGAACUGAUUGAAAAGCAACGAUUAGAGGCAAGAAACAAAAUACGUGAACAAGGCUGGAAACAAUUAUUAGACUAUACACCUGUAUGUGUAACGCCUAUUGCUAAUGAAAAGAAUGCAAUUAAUGUGAUUAACGAAAAUUGUAAAUCAAAAGAUGUUUAUUAUAAGCCAAUAAUAAAUUCAGUUAGUAGUCAAUCGAGUGAAUCUAAUGCAUUUCCAUCGCCAAGUAUGAUUGUAGCUGAUGCAUUUAUGAAGUAUAAACAAGAAAGAGAUCGUAUAGAACAAAUGAAUUGUAAAUAUUAUGAGGCAAUAAAAAAUGAUGCUUGUAUUAACCUAUAUGAAAAUAAAUCUCCUAAGCUAAUUCAUGCAUUUGAUGAUAAACCGAUUUUUCAACAACACCAACAUCAAGUAGUACAACCAUCAAUUGAUGGUGUACCAUUUUCAUCUCAUGUCGACAAUAAACCAACUAAUGUACAAUUAUGCAAGGAUGUUAUUACGCCUAUGAAGCUAAACGAUAUUUGUCCUUUAUUGUAUCAAUAUAAUAAUGCUAAUAAUAAUAAAGUCAAUAUAUCUGUUGACAUUAAUACAAAAGAUCAAAGUCUCAGUGAAGAUGACAGAAGUAAAGAGAGUAAAUUUCCAUCAGGAUAUUCUAAACCACCUGAAUCUGUUUUAAAAAAUGAAAAAAUUUAUUCAGAAAUACAACAAUGUAAAUUAGUUGAAGAUUUUAUAUCAAUUCGUCAACAGGCAGCAUUUAAUCGUGCCCGAGGUGCUGGACAUAUUAUGGGUGUAGCUGGUAUCCUAGGCGGUUCACCAUUUGUUAAUAUAAAUAAUAAAGGGGUUAUUCUUGAUCAUCAAAGAGAAUUGAAAGCAUUAGAAGAGAAACGGAAAAAGUUUGAAGCAUUAAAGGAACAAGCAAACGAACGUGCACGUUUAUUAAAGGAACAUUUAGAACUUAGAAGAAAACAAGAAAAAGAUUUUGAAACAGAAAGACAACAUCAACUUUUUAAGCUUGAACAAUUUGAACGAUUAAAUAAACUACAAAAUAAAAAUAUUCAUGAAGAAAAUCAGCAGAAUGCAUCAGAUUCAUCGGAUAUAACUACUCCACGACCUUUAGAAGCGCCAAGUAUAAGUAUGGUAUUAGCAAAAUUGAAUGAAAUGCCUACUUUACAAAAAAUCAAUAAACCUUCACAAUCAAAUGAAAAUAUGAAUAAACCUGAAGAUGGAGAGGAGAAUUCACUUAUCACUGAAGAUGAUGAAGAUCAAACAUCAAAUUCUAGUUCAAUUCAUUCAAAUGAACUACAUAAAUGUAAUGCUAUCCGAAAGAAAAAAGACAACAUAUUAAGACGAUUAAAUGCUAAAUCGACAGAUUCACGUGGCAAAUGGAAUAAAUUACCAUUAAAUGCUAAAAAUAGUAACAAUUUAAAAAAUUAUCUUAUUCAAGAUAAAGAUGUUAUGAUUAAGCAGUUAGGAAAAUAUCAGUUACUUGAAAAUAGCACAUUUUUAAAUAAUUUAGCUAAACGUACCUUAGAAACAAGCGGUACAUUAAUGGAAUCCACGCAUUUAUUAUCAUCAUCACCACCAUCGUCGUCAAUAAAUCAACCUUAUCAUGAAAAUUCCACUUCUGACAGGUUGAAUCCAACGCAUACAGUUAUUCACAGACUAAAUGAAGUAUCGGAUGUCUCUGGUUCUGGUGAUAGUCAAACAAUAAUUGAUAAUACUGAAUUAAAUACAGAAAAAUCUAAUUUACAAAAUCGUUUAAAUGGUUUAGGAAGUCUUGUUAAACAUGCCUGGCAGUUUGAUUUACAAACAGAAAACACCGAAACAACCAAGACAUUUACUAUUACAACUACAAUCCCUACUGAUACUGUUAUCCCAAGUAUACCGUCUUCAUCAUCAGCAUCUGUUAUUCAUAGCCCGUCUACACCAGGUCCAAGUGGACCUGGUGGUCCAAAUGUUAACCUAUCUGCCGACUGUCUGCAUCCUACUAAUGAGGUGAAUGAAAUGAAUUCAUUUAAUUCAAUAGCUGAGUCAACAGCUUUAUUUAACAAGAAAUUUUCACAUAAUCGUAUGGCUACAUAUCGAUUAAAGCAUCCAAGAGUAAUUAGUGCACGUGAUGACAAAUUAUUUGAAAAGGUGGAUUUUGUAGACGAUCCAGUGUCUGAACAAAGUACAACAGAUCAUAAUAAAAUGAAUCGUUUAUAUUGUGAAUUAGAAGAUUUAGAAGAUGGUCAAAUUCCUUUAGAAAACCAAUGCGAUGCAGAUAAAUAUGGACAAAUGAUUAAAUCAGGUUCAUUACCAAAUAUUAGUAGUUUAUUUCCAAUAUCCAAUUAUACUGAUGUGGAAAAAGACGAGGAAGAAUGUGUAUCAGUUCAAGAGAAGUGCUUACAAGAUGGAGUCAUAGUUAGUAAUAAACAACUGGAGAAUAAUUCUAAGUACAACAGUUUUGAAAAAUUAGAAGAUCCUAAAAUUCAUGAAAUAAGCUCCCAAAAUAUCAAUAUACCUUCAAAUAAAACUAAAAGCGAAGAAGUAGAAGAGGAAGAGCGACAAGAGGAAGGAAAAGGCGGCAGUUCAAUUAUUCCAGUUAAUGAAUUAGAGGAUGAUGAGAAAGAUAUUGAAUUAGUACGUCAAAGUAUGCUACAAAUUAUUUUAAAUACCAAUGCAAAUCCAAUGAAUUAUAUACCCUCUGAUAAUGAUGAUAAUGACGAGAAUGAUGAAGGUGAAAAUGAUUAUUCUUCACAGAAUUCACUUGAAGCCGAAGUUGAAUCUUCUAAACAAAGUUUAUCAAUGGUGGAUGAUACUAAUCAUUCCAAUCAAUAUAAUGAAUAUUCUUUUAGUAAAGAAAGUGGAAUUCAUUCAGAAAGAAUUCAACGAUCUAUAGGCCCAAUAAAUAACAAUUGUAUUAACAAGUACAUUGAUAAAUCUACUCGAGAAGAUGAUCUUAGUGCAUCAAGGAAAAGAUCAGUAUCUAUUAAUUUACCAGUUCAAGGAAGUGUUAUUGAUCAUCGUCGAUCAAGAAAGUCGUCUUCAUCUAAUAGUUAUACUGGAAUGAAUUCAUACUCUAAAAGAUCACAUGAGAAGUCUACUAUACUAUCACAAGAUGUUCAUAGUAAUAAACCUGAUGACAUCACACCAAGUGAACAAUUAGGUAAUUUUCUUAAUCGAUUAGACUGUGUAUCAAUGGUUUAUGCAACAACAACAACAGCCAGAGAUGAUCAAUUCGAUGAGAAGAAUACAGAUGAUGAAAUCACUGAAGAAUUAGAAGAUGAUGAUGAAGUAAUCAUCAAAGUCAACGAAGUCGAAGAAGACAGAAAAGGAACAUACAGUAAUAAUAAUAACAAUAAAGCAGGCAUUAAUAUUUGUAAACCAAUAAAUAGUGAUCGAUUAGCACGUGUUACUGAAGUGAAUGAAUCCGACUUUGAUAUUAGUGACAGUGAAGAAGACUCUGAUGAAAUCUCCAGCGAUGAUGAUGACUUAUCCGACGAUUCAGAUGUAUUCAGCGAUGAUGAUGAUGACGAUGACUCAAUGUUGAAUGGUGAAUUGAAAGAAACUCUUCAACAACAUCUUCCUCAUCAUCAGAACACUCAUAUCCCAGAUAAAAUAAAUGGUGAAAAUCAUUUAGAAAAUAGUCAGUUUCUACGUUUAGAAAAAAUGAGAGCUGAUUUAGAAGAAGAAUUAGGCUUUGAAUUGUUAAUUAAAGCUUACAAUGUGAUUCAGGCAUUACAAGAAGAUGAAGAUGAAACUAUCACAGAAAGUGAACAGAUUAUUACAAAUGUUUUAGGCGAAGAAAAAACAAAACUCUAUUAUGAUCGUAUUCUACAAUUAGUACUUGCUGAUGGUGUUUAUAUGGAUGAUGAAUAA